AUGAGUAACACAGAAUCAACAUCAACUGCAAAAAAGAAAACAGAAAAUGCUACAAAAUUAAAUUACAGUAGUGGUAGUGGUAUUAUACAUAGAAAGACAAAAGCUAUUAGAAAACAGAUAGCAACUGUUUCACCUAUUAGUCAAUGGUCAUCUCUUUCAUUGCCUCACGACCAAAUUGACCAACAACUCGAUAAACUUUUACAGGAUUCACUCAAUAGUCUUACAUCUGACUCACGAGUACUUAGAGAUGUUAAGAGCUCGACCAGUCACUAUCUAAAUAAAUCGAGUACCACUUUACCAUUGGAUAGUUUGACGUCGAAUGAAGUGGGUGCUGCUGGUGGUGUUGGUACCGGUGGAGCUGGUAUCAGUUCGAAUAGUCAGUCAGCAGAAGCAGAAUCACCGGUCGUAGCAACUAUCAAUGGUAUUAGCACUGGAAUAGCUUCGCUAUUGAGCUCAUUGGAGCAGUUGGAGCCAUUGUAUUCAGAGGUUGGCAAUGUCGGUGCAAAGUAUAAUCGUCUGGCUGGUGGUCAUCCUAGAAAGCGUAAGGUCGUUGCCGACUAUGAUCCAACUCUCACCUACAAAGUCGGCAAGCAUGUGCUCUUGUCCAAUCUCCUGACAGAUCAGAUCCAGUUGUUUGUAGACUAUCUCUUUGUAGCGUCGCAACGCAUAGAAUCGAUACGUGACUAUUGGUCUUCUAGAUACGUCGAUUCACCCAACUCUUGGUAUAUCAUCGAGAAGACACCAUUGUUUUGGUUGAAAUACUGGCGACAACAACUGAGAAAGCGUAUAUACUUUGAAAAGAAACUUGCUCGAUUACAUCAAACCGCCAAUUACAGUUCACCAUUCAUUACAGUCUCCAACAAGUUGCACGAAAUUCGAGUCGAUAUGGAAAGAUUGGUUAGAAAGAAUAUAAUGAAGCAAACAGACACUGAAAUCGAUGAAAUAAUCAAUAGCAGAUAUUCUAAUAAUAAUAAUAGUAGUAAUAAUAAUGGAGGUAGUGAUGGUAUCUCACCAUGCAGCUCCGAAGAGGUCAGUCCAAUUACAUCGGAUAGUGAAGACAAUGACAAACAAGAUAGAGAUGAGAUUGCCAGUAAAAUAUCGAAAUCUAUAGCAAAGAGUGACGACAGUAACGAUAUUUUACAUCCAACUAAAGAGAUAGAGUUGAGAAUUGCUAGAUUAGAUAAAUUGUUAAAGUUGGUAGCCAUUGCAAUUGGUCGACUUACGUUCUACAUUGGUAACAUGAAGAACUUUACUAGUUUAUCACAGUUUAAUGUCAUUGCAAGUCAAGCUGUUAUUUUAGUAUAUGAUAGUGUCUUGAUGUUUGGUGCCAAUAUAGAGGGUGGCGAUAUACUCUCUGGUGACGAAAAACAAAACUCUGAUAUAAACUAUCAUAUCAAUCAAUUGGUCGAAAUGUCACGAAUGAUACAAGAGAGAAUGCGUGAUUACGAUGUAUUAACUGAUCCUAUGGUUGCAGACUGUGCACUCCUCAACCAGCCAGACACUGAAAAGUACCAAGAGUCACUCUAUUUUAUGGUUCGCUCCAACACUGUCGCUAUUCAAAAGUUCUUUGGAUUCAUGCAGCUUCAGAUAGCGAAUGACCAACAUCCUGGCUGGCUCUCACGUAAUUGGAUGAAGAUAACUGUUGGUCUAACAAUUGGAUAUCUAAGUGGUAGCUAUUUGUACGAUAACUACAGCGAUUUCAAAUCAUCGGCAACUGACUAUUAUCGCGCCUGGCAUAGAUUCGCUGUUGAACAUAUCGAGCUGCCUUUGCGAAACAUAUGGAAUCGUAUGGUGGUCGACUACAAUAGAGAUAUGGCAGGAGGAAAUCUUAAUGAAUCUGAUAUUGCAACACUUGUAGACCUUGCCGCUAAAGGAGAUAUCACAACAGUGAUGCGUCCCUAUGAGGCUGCCAUUGAGAAACCAUUCAAAAGUUUAGUUUUAGGUGAUUUGGUCCAAAAGGAGAAAGUAGAUGUAGACAAAGCAAUGCAAGCAAUCGAUAAACUACUACAAUCCAACGAAUUGAACUUCCAGUUGCUUGCUGCUAUACCGGCAGUGCUCUUGCUGACUGCUCUUGGAUGGCAAAUCAAUCAACUUGUUAGAGGUGGUAAUACCACGGCAAAGAUGAGACGUGCACAGUCAAAGAUACUCUCUGCUUUGCGAUCGAUGCAUCGACAGCUGACCUUUGGUAAACACCAAACACUUCCAACUUAUCUCUCGCCUUUGGUCAUGGCAUCUUCACCUACCUACUUUACUACAUUCUACCCAGGCUUAAAGACAAUCUCAGGAGUACAAAACAACAACAGCAACAGCAACAACGAUGGUAGUAAAGACAACUAUGAACAAUUGACAUCAGAAGAGGAAUUAAAGAUACAAUGCAUACCAUUCGAACAAUAUGGAACACUAUUGCUAACAACAGAUAAACUAAAACAUUACAUUCAACACAUUAAAAACAAAUCUGAAAAUCAGUGGUUAAACGAAGAUCUACAAGAUCUCGAGUCGGAUCACCUUGCAAAUAACGAAAAAAUAUUAACCAUUCAAAGAAUUUAUAUAUUUAUAUUUAUUUAUAAGUAUGAUACUUAA